UUUCUUCAUCAUCAUCAUCACCACCGCCAUCAUCAUCAUCAUCAUCGCCUCUCUACAGCGGAGCCAUUCUCCACCUGCGCCCGCGUGCCCCCUUUUUUUUUGGCUUCCACAGCAAGCAAAGCAAAGGGCUUAGCUGGCCUGACCUGCCCUGGCCCGCACUUGCUCUUGCUCUAGCGCUUUGUUCCGCCUGAUCCGUCGCCCAUCCGCACAUCCGCCGGCAUCUGCUCUGCUCUGCUCUGCUCGCUGCGAGAGGACGAAGAGAUUGCAACGCGACGGCAAGGCAGCACGCACGAAGCAGCAGCAGCAACGACGACGGUCACCUCAGGGCAGGUAGGCUCAGCUCUUGAUACUACGCCGACGCCGACGAGAGGAUACGAUGAGCUACCCUACGCAGCGCAUCCCAUCUGCCUCUGGAUCUACGUCUGCGUCUGCCUCUGCGUCUUCAUCGUCCAAUCACUCGCCUCAACAUCCUCAUCUUUACGGCGCCUCUCAUCCGCCGCCGCCGCCGCCGCCUCCGACGCACUGGGCUUCUACUGGUGGAGGUCCUUCCUCGUCCUCCUCUUUCGCGCCCGCGCCUGGGCCCAUGAGUAGCAUGGCUGCCUACCCCCCUCACCUCGCACACGCAUCAGCGCAGCCUCCCUUCCAUCGAAUGUCCUACGGGCAGAGCCAGCCAGGCGAGUCGCCCGAAACGGCAAAGAAGCGAAAGCUCAACGGUGAUGGCAACGGCAACGGCAGCGGCGGACCUGGACAUCAUCAUCACCAUCACCACCAUCAAGCGCAGGGCAGUACGGGAAGCAAUCCUUCCUCUCAUGAUGACUCGCCACCCGCGCCAGGGGCAGGGAUCGGAGGGAAUCACGCUCAUUCCUCUGCCGCCGCCGCUGACGGGCCCAAACGCAUCAAGACGGCCCGCGCGUGCGAUUCGUGCCGACGGAAAAAGAUCCGCUGCGAUGUAGUCGAUGACGGGUCCCCGCCACCAGGCGACCCGAACAAUGGCAAUGGAGGUCUAACCUGCGCGCAUUGUAGGCAAUAUGGGUUUAGCUGUACCUUUUUCCUCCCCAUUACCGAGACGCGCUUCAAGAAGAAGAGGGAGCGCGAGGCAGAAGAGGCCGCAGCGAGGAGUGCGGCUGCGGUGGCGAGCUAUGGCGGGGCAAUGGGGAUGCUCCCGAGAACGUAUGGGGCCGCGGGAAUGGGCAUGGGCAUGGGGAUGGGAAUGUCAACACUCCCACCACCACCGCCACAGCCAGCCACUCAUGCCAGCAUCAGCGCAGCGCAAGAAUGGCCUUUGCCGCGCGUGGGACCCGUGCAGCGUUUCCAGCAGAGCGGACCCUCUGGCACUCCCUACGGUAGUGGUAGUGGGCCGGGAGGGGAGCCGGGCCUCGCGAGCCCAAAGUCCUCCUCAGCAGCUUCGUCCUCUAUGCCCUCUCUCCCUCUCCGCCAUGGCAAGCCCUCUUCCCCCGCUCCCCCAACCGAUCGCUCCACGACGGGCGCAGCAACGUCGGACGUGGGCAUCCCGCCCGACUCGCGCGUCAUGGGCCCAACGUCGCUUGCGUACAUUGUACACAGCACCGCCUUUAUCCCCGGCAGCGCAAUCGAGGCUCAUGAUCUCAAGCACUCUCAAACCUUCGAAGUCGGCGCAUCAGGAGACGGCAUAAUCAAACUCAACCGUCUGCGCCAACGCAAUCCUUCCUGCGCGAGCUCGGGAGAGGGAGAGGGCGACGAUGAUGAUGCUGCCAACAACGGUGCAGGUGGUGGUGGUGGUCCCGCCUACCCGCAGAUCCCCGAUGCGAUCCGAGGCCGAUUAGCAGGGGAUGUGGCGGAGAAGCUGAUCAACAGCUACUUCACGCGCAUAGGGUACCUUCAUCCCAUCAUAACCAAGAGCGAGUUCCUUCACCUUGCUCGCCCACCUCCACUCCUCUUCUACGCCAUAUGUGGAGCAGCCGCUCUGGACCGGAAUGUGCCCCGAGAAGUACUGUCAGCGGUGCGCAUAGGGUUGAACGCCAUCUUCAAGUCGAGCGACGUCCUCUCCUCCUCGAGUGCUAACACGGUCAAGGCCUUGUUGAUUCUGGCCCUCCACGCCGACAUACAUGGCAGCACAAACGUCCAGUCCGGGUCGCGCAUGUGGAACCGUCUAGGCGUAGGGCUGCGCAUGGCUCAAGACCUAGGCCUGCACCGCGAUGCCAGUCGUCGCGACGACCUCGACGAAUUUGCCCACUUCCUCGAACAGAAGCGCCGUAUAUGGGGGGCAUGCGUGACUGCCGACCGUCUAGUCUCCAUCGCCCUCGGUCACCCGCUCGCCAUCGACCUGACCGAUUGCGAUGUUCGUCUCCCAUCCCCUUACGAGGUGCUCCGUUAUCCCGGUACGGACCUGCCUACCCGUCCGGGGGAGGAACAGCCCUUUGCCUUUAAUACCGAGAUGCUCAAGCUUGCCAUUCUGUUUGGGAGGGUUCAGAAGACCAUCUAUUCCCCCACGGGGUUGAUGAAGGCUACCGAUGAGGAGAUUACGGGUCUGUUGAGCGAUAUUGAUCUUUGGAGGGAAGGGUUACCUGAACGAUUGAGGUUUAGGCGGGAGAAGAGUGAGCCUGAUGCCGGGAUUUUGCAUUUGGCUUUUAGUUGCUUGCAGAUGUUGUUUUUCCGCGUCUUUAUGCGCAUCUCGUACUCGUGCCCGCAACACCUCAAGUUCUCGCUUACCAUUGAGAGGAUGACGAGCUUGAUCCGCUGGUCACGCGAGUCCAUUGCUUGGGUCGACGCAUCGGGCUCCUUCUACCUGGACACGAUGCAGUUCGUCAGCUACGCCCUGGUCUUCUGCGCCACAGUGCAGUACCACAGCUGGGUCCGCCGAGGCGACUCCGAGGGGCUUGCCGCCCUCAGCACCAUCAAGAGCAUCGUCUCGCGCGGCCGUGUCAACGUGGACGACGAGCGCAAGCAGGACCUCUCUCUGCGGGCAAAGACGGCAGAAAUUAUCAAUCUUCUCCACGAGUCUGCCUCCGGUCAAUGGGCAAAUACGCCUAGCACUGGCAGCCUCAACCCGACGGCGGGAGUGGUCAAUCGCCGUACCGCCGAGUCGCUCAAGGGCAUCGUGUGGCGGAACGCGCCAGGCAGGCCGGGAGGCGGGGCAUACGAGGCGCAGGAGCCUCACCUGCUGCUGGCAGACUUACCGCCUGGGACGAUCAUUCUUGGGAGUAAUCGGACGCCGGCGCUCGUGAGGUCGGCGAAUGGGUGGCAGCAGGUCCCUGGUGGGCUGCCCGAGCAGCAGACGCAAGCGCAGAAGGGCGGAGCAGGCGCAAGCGGCCAGUACGGCCGUAGUGGUGAGGACGCGAAUGCGAGUGCGGGUGCGAGAGCGAGCGGCCUGGACGGUCUCGCCUCGGCCUCCAAUGGCAACGGCAGCGGCAACGGCGCCGCAUCAACGUCAUCCUCAGGUCCCACGACGAACAACGCCAACGCCAACGCAGGCGAUGUGCUCCCGGACCUGUCAAACUUCACCCACCUGGGCGGUUCCGUCUGGCAGGACGAGCAAGGCUGGCCGGUAGACCGACGCGGCUCUGGUCUGAUGGUCGUCCUUCCCGGCAGUAAUGGUGCGAAUGGGGGUGGGUUCAUGAUGAAUGCCCAGAAUGCUGCCGAGUACUUGAGCAUGAAUGGGAACGGCUUCGGGGCCGGAGGGCAGGGUGGCGGUGCCGGGGGAGGGUACUUCAAUUUCAUGGGUAACGCAGCGCCUGCCGCAGGUGGUGGUGGUGGAGGAGGAGAAGCAGGUGGAGGGGGAACAAACGUCAAUCCUCACUUGAACGGGAUGCUCUCCGCUCCCACUCCUGGUACUCAGGCCGAGAUCAACGGUAUCCUCGCGGCCAACGCUGAUGCCAACCCCUCGCCCAUGCUCGACCCCACAUCGCAGCCGACCGCGCCUCCCGGCACGCAAGCGCCUCCCCCGGUCUUUGGGGGGUUCGGCAUGGGCUCCGAUCCGCUGAUGCUCAACGAUCCGCUGAUGGGGAUCCUGGAUUGGCAGGCAUGGCAAACCUACCUGGCGCCUGGCGGGGUUCAGCAGGGUCAGCACCAGCAGAGGACCCCUGGUGGAGGUGUUGGCAUGGGCGUGGGCGUGCCUGACGCUGAGGGAGAGGAUGAGGAUGAAAGGGCAUUGCGACAGGCGGCGACUAACGGAGGAGGAGGAGCAAGGGGUAAGGAAGACGCCGCUGGUGCCUCAACUGGUGGAGAUGGGACGCGGAGGAGCGGGAGGGAGAGGGAAGGCUCCGACUCUGCCUCUGCCUCUGAGUCGUCCCCUGGCGAGUCAAGUGUGCCGUCUACGAGGAGAGAGCAGCCCACCCUCUCGAGCAUCAGUUAGCACUCAGUUGAGAUGCCAAGGUAGCUGCUUGACGUGUUCUGUACUUCUAUUGUCGUCCCCCCUUUCCUUCUCGACCACGCCUGGCAAGCUCGUCAGUCCCACCUGCACCUGCACCUCGAUUCCACAUCAACAUGUAUAUAGAUAUGCUCCAAAAUCCCCU